AUGUCAUCGUCAACAUCGAUUCAGGAAGAACAUUGAAUUUAUCAUAGAAUUUCUACGUAAAUUCGAAACAAGCGUUAUAUCGUUUAUAGAUCGAACAAUUCUUGAGAGCGUGGUAAAUGACAAGUGGAUUACUGGCACGCGUAAUAUACUUUUUAGGAUAAAUGCUCUCCCGCAUUGUCGUCCUUCUACGGAACAAAGUAGGUAUGCUUGGAGUGCCGGAGUGUGGAAUCGGCAGUCUCGAGAGCCGGUUCACCCACCGUUCGUUCAUCGAAAGCGAGCGAACGAGGAAAAAAAAAAAGGAAAUAUUGUCGAGUAGCGUGGGCGACUGAAUUGAUCCUCAUUCUAUUUACCACAUGGAAUUUCUUCGAUAGUUCCGCGUUAUUCAAUUAACUGACAUUAACUAUUAAUAACGAGAAGGAACGACUAAAAAAAAAUAUAUAAAUUAUUAACGAACAAAACAAAUUUAAUUUUUAUCGUAAUUCCAUAAAUCGUAUGAUCGGAUGGAUGAGUGGGAUUGAGAACGAUUACAAAAGAAAAGAAAAAAGAAAAAAAAAAAAAAAAGAAAAAGAAAGGAAAGAAGAAAAAGAGAUAAUCGUAAGACCGAGUGAAUGAGUGCAAGCAAAUUUUUUUCCAUAAUCUUGUAAUCAACUUUCGUUUUUGUUACUCCUUUUAAAGCUCAUUGCAUACUCGUUGGAAUAUCUAAUUAUAUAGCCAUUUAGCAUAUAUUGUAUAUAUAAGAUAGGACUACCUGUCGUGAGUUGGCCGAAGGUUAUUCAACCCGUCGACAUCUCGUAGGAACGAAGUAACGGGUCUGGGUAGUCUCGUGCAAACUAAACGGGGGACCCUCUACGCAUCGGUUCGAAGCACUGUGCUAAGGCGCCUUCUGAGCUUCUCUCUCUGUCUUUCUUUCUUUCUCCUUCUUAACACACCGAUACGACUUUACUCGUCUACUCGACGUCCACCUCGAGUCAGUCAGCCGUGUACCAUUGUCGAAAGAUCGUCGACGAUCUUAAAGACAGUGAAUCACGAUAAAGUUUCGAUUUCUUUCAUCGGUUUUUUCGCUUUUAAUUCUUUGUUUCUGUUUCCUUUACUCUUUACUUUAUUAAUAUUCUUAUUACCUCUUUAUAUAUAUAUAUAUAUAUAUCUCUCUCUCUCUCUCUUUCUCUCUCUCUCUCUGUCUCUAUCUCUCAAUUCUUUCUGAUCCUCUUUUGGUGACGAUAAAACGAGAUAAAUAUCGACAGAUCGCACGGCAAUUCACGCGGAAAAUUCUUCUUUUCAUUCGUUCCGCCUCGUUUACGUUUCUUACGAAUAAGUGUACGCGCGUGAACGAUAUUGUGCAUCGGUGUGAUGUCCAUUCCUGUGUCAAUCUUGAGAGCAUUUCUUUGAUUUUCAGAACGUAGAAACGUCCAAUGCACGCGACUCAUGCAAAGUGAGAGAGGUCCGAGAAGAAGGAUGACUGGUACCGUUACUAGACACAAAUAUGAACGAAAAAUGCAACGAGCACGAACUAGGAUGGGUCUAUUCAAGAUCGCGUUGAUACUCUUGCUGGUAGAAUUCAGUCAUGCCAGGCCUCAAACAGCCGAAGCGGAAACGACUUUACGACAGGAAGUAACGACUGAGGCGAGCAACAAGGAAUGGAAACUACCAAGAUCGACGGAAAAAACUACCGAAAAUGUUCGUCGAGGUGACAGCAGGUAUACGGAGAACUCCGGAAAUAGUAGAAAGUCUUACAUUAUCUAUUAUCGCGAUACUAAUGCUAGCUCGUCGUUCAAAAGUAGAAAUAGUAGUAGUAAUAGUAGUAAUGGUAGAAUCAGUGGUAAUAAUACUAGAGAGGAGGUAAGUUCAGGAUCGGUUGAUUCCGUUAGGGGCUCGUUCGACUGGUCCAAGUUAUUAAAUAGAGAAGGAUAUUUUCGAAGGAAUAAUCUUACGAAUGAAUUUCCGUAUCGUACUGCUAAACUAUUAAAUCACGAUAAACGCGAUAGAUCGAUUUAUGCCUCCCGUCGUUUGAAUAUUUCGAAAGUCGAAAAUUUAGGUAAGCCGAAAAAUGUAGUAACCGGACUAGGUGAUCCUCGUUAUUCCAGGCUCGAUAAUUUUCAACGUAAAGCUUUGAAUAAUUCAGGAAAGAGAAGACUCGAAACGAAUGAACUGGCCUUGAACCAGAAUUUAAAGUCAGAAGAACAAGUAGAUAUACUGGAUGGCAAAAACAUUGUAGCAGCAUCGACUUAUAGAAACUCUGUCAAGGUCAGGCAUCAUGGUAGUACUCCUGUGAUGCUUUCUUCCAACCGGUUUGAUCAAGUCGGUGCUGUGAGGCAUCUUACGAAUACCAUAUCGAGGGAUCGUGGGAACUACUUUACUAGAUUGACAUUCACUGAGAGAAUUAAAAAUGAUCAAGGAACUUUUUCUAAAGAGAAUGUUAAUGAUUUUAACGAAUCGACGAAGAAUUCGGAAUUGUCGACGAACGUUAGGAAUAUUGUUUCUCGCUAUCCUUCGAUUAAUUUCAUGAGACAGGAUGUUAAUGUUGAUAAAAAAAACAAAACUGAUGUUUCCCAAUUGGAGGAUCAAAUCUUUCCUGCUGAUUCCUUUUUAACAAAUUGGCCGAAUGAUUUUCCAAAAGAUGCCGAAGAUCUUUAUAAUUACGAGAGAUAUACGUCCUUUCCAGAGCAAGUUCAAAAUACCGAUCAGCUGAUUAGUUCUAGCAGUAACAACAAUUCGAGUGUCCAUCAUCGAAUACCUGCCAUGCAAGCUGGUAUUCAAGAAAUCGUUCAGUGGAUGAAGGUUCCAGCGUUUGCCUCGAAUAAAAGUCAAAUGUUGGAGGACGACGAGUUCGAUGGUCCAAUCAGUGUUACUUUUAAGCCACUUUAUGAUGAUCUCGAGCCCAAUCUCCCUUUGAAAACUUCGGAAAAUGAUAGUUUUAACACUAACAAUGGUAAUACUUUACUCGAUAAAUUGAUAGACGUCUCGCCAGGAUGGCAAACGUCCACGACAAAUUAUGAUUUAAUACCAACGGCGUCUUUGCCGCAAAAGAAGCUCGGAUAUAAGCCUAUAACGCAAAUAACGCAAAACACGGUCGUUCAUAUUUUGAAAAGUCACUCGAAAAAGUCUAACAGCACUUUGACAGGAAUAAAAGAUCUUCAAAAUAAUUCAAAGCCUAUUACUUCUGUCCAAGGUUCUUCCGUUAGUUCAGAUUCACGACCAAACGUAGAGUUAAUGUUCUUAUCGGAAAAAGAUAAGAUCAAAGAAAACGUUAAGUUCGAUGAGAAUUGUCCUACCAUCAUGAUAAAUUCGUUCACCAAAGUAAAUAAUACGAUUCAAAGUAAGGAAGGAUGUACGGAUUUGAAUAUUAUCAUUAAUUCACACAUUUUAAACACUAACGUGAUAAAGCCCGUAGAGACGAUCAUCGAUGACCCCAAUAACGUGAAUUCGUUUGCAGGUGAAAAUAAUAAAUAUGUAGGAUCGAUAGAAAAUGUUUACCCAUCCGUUCAAACUUACAAUUACGAGCCUUCACCAACCGCAAUUUACAAUCCUCCCUCGUACCAAGAUGAUUAUAUACCUCAGAAAGAUGAGAUAUUUCAAUCCGAGGUCUCCUCCGAACCUAACGACGUUUCUUCCGACGUACCAACACUUCAGGUUGUCCAGAAUACUCAAGUAAGCGUGGCGAGCUUGAACGAUCAACCUAAUGACAUUGAUGGUUGGACAUUUUCCGAAACACCAGGCGAAACUUCAGAAGGAUCUUCUGAUUCGGUUAAUGACGCUGUAUCUUCUUCGGAAAAUCAAGAACAACUUGCUUCCAUCGUUAGCGAUUUUUCUGGAAGUCAACAGGCAAAUAGUAACGGUGGUAUAGAUAGUUUGCAAGCUGCAGGACUUUCAAAUCGUCCUAGUUUGCCUAACGCAGUAUCUCAGUUGAUCGAUAAUCGUCCUUCCAGCGGUUCUGCUUUAGGAUCUGCUAUCAGCAAUGACGAUAAUGACGAUGACGACGACGAGGACGAGGACGACGACGACGACGACGACGACGACGAUGGCUUUGAUCUAUCUCCUAGUGGUGUUUUGGAAUCGAUAACCUCGACCUUCACGUAUCUUACGUUCUUCAAUCCAUUGAACUACAGCUUGUUCAGUCUAGCCGCUGCUCCUUUUGCCGCCAUCGCUGCUGGUAUUUUAGGAAUAGCUGCCUUUAUAUUUCCUUGGACGAUUCCAAGUGCCUUCGAUUUUGGUCGAUCUUCUGACUCUAUUACGAUCAGAUUUAGGCCUAAUCUCGAUGAAGUCGUUAGACACUCUUUGCAAAAAUACGAGCGAUUGAACGAAUGGAAAAAUCUCCAGCACAUCAACCAGUCAUUAAGAACGGUCGCUACGCAAUUGCUAAAUGUAACGGGUCAUAACGAAGGGAUUAAAGAAACGAAAAUUGAAACGAAGGAUUCGAGAUUGAACGGGAAGGACGAUGCAUCUUUCGUGAAGGAAAUUAACGCGGAAAUAAGCAAUCUCGAAUCGAUGGGAGUUAAUUUUGGUAGACCUAUGAAUUCGAAAUUUGGUUAUUUCGAGAGUAGUCAUCCUGGUCAGGCAAUGGUCAUGACCGAGGAAGAACUCGAGAAGGAAAUGAGUUCUACCAGAUUAAUGGCAGGUUAUAAGAAUCAUCCGACGACAACCGGCGGUAUCUCGACGUGGAUUUUAUUAAAUCCACCAUCGACGACGACAAAGAGUCUCACCGAGAACGAUCGACCUACCACGCCGAAACAAUCUGAGAACGAUGUAAGAUAUACUUUAAAGCCGAUCGUGACCCAUGGGAGAAUAGAGAUAAAGAAUACGAAGAACGAGCAAAAGGUAACGUCACAAUUGCCAUCGACUGCCUCGAUAGAGAAAGUCAUCUUUUCAAGUACGAAGAAAGCUACGAAUAAUAGUACUUUGAAAAAAAUUACUCCUGGUAAUAAUUCCUCGAAACAGGACGAGACAACGCAAUCUUUGGCCAAGUUAGAAGCCAUCGAAAGUACGACUUCGAAGGUAUCACGUACAACCGUUGCCUCGGCUGCGGAUAAUAAAGUAACGUCGACAGUAUCGACGUCUUCAGGUGCGACCACAAAAAGGAUUCAAAUUAUAAGAUCGACUUUAAAGGCAAAGCUCACGACGACUCCUAGACCCACUGUUCCAAAUAAAUCUGGUACAACGGCAGUUAAAAGACCUCAACAAGGCAAACCUAAGCCGUCUCAGGUGAAAAGGACAACGGUGAAACCUGAAAUAACGAAGAACGACAAUUCCUCCUCGACGGCUAAGGUUGAAAAAGUUACGUUCAAAGCGGUGCCGAUGAUUACAACGCCACGAACUAAGAACGAGAUAACGGAGAAACCGAUAUUCGUCACGAAGAUCAAGGCAUCCGUUUUAAUGGACACUCAGAAAACUGCACCUGCGAACGUUGAUGUUUCUACCGUUUCUAAAAGCAAUUUUUCGGAUACCGAUCUAAUCGAGAUACCGAUCAAAUCGAAACCUCUUGGAACGAGCGUAAAUAACGUCUUGAAAGUGCAAUUGAAGAAGCCAAUCGACGAAUCCACUCAAAUCGAAAUAGAGCCAAUUAAACAGAACGGGACGAUUCUAAAAAUGACGGAGAAGAAACAAUCUGACAAUGAUAUGACUGACAUUGGCUUAAUUAAUCUCAAUGGUUCUAGCAUAGAUUUGAAAUUUGAUUUUAAUCCUGAAUUGACGAAGAUCAGUACCGAAACGGAUAGUUCAGCGGAUUCAUUGACAACGUCCUCCACUCAAUCGUCAUAUACGACAACGAAACGACAGAGAAACUCGAAUAAGAGGAAGAAGAACAAGAUUAGACGUCGAAGACCAUCGAGCACGACACCGUUAACAACGACCACGGUUACGACGACGACAACAACGAUAGCUCCUUCACCGAUUGACGAAAUAAACGAGGUAUCGGCCGAACCGAUUCUUUUGGACAACGCUAUUCAAGAAUCAAAGGUCGAGCCAGAAUCCAAAAUAACGAAUAAUAUUACGAAGACGAAGAAGAAGCCACCUCAAAAGGGAAUCAGUACGCAGAUCUAUAAUUUUCUUAGCAGAGAAGUAAUGCCCAGUUUUGGGGUGAUGUCCUUGCUCGGUCUUGGCCUGGGAUUAGCUUCCUAUUUUCUGUAUCCUUUUGGUGGAACAAUCACGCGAAGAAAUUAUGAGGUGGAACCGAAUUACAAGUACAAUUUGGAUGAAUACGGAGGUAAUUAUGGACAGAACGAAGAGGAAGUAUUGUCGAAAGUUCUCCAAGGUAUGACCAAUCAUGAGAAUAAGUUUGGUGCUGGAUCAGACGGGAUCAAGGAUUUCGAUAAAAAUUAUUAUCGUUAUCAUCAUUAUGACGGUGCAUACGAUACUCAAUCGAUAAGAAGGACGGAUCAAAGAUAUCCUUUACCAUCGUCAUCGCCAAUUUACAAGCCAACCGAAAAUACGGGGUCUGUCUUAAAAUAUCGUAAUACCGAUUACAGAUAUUCCGAAGCACAAACCACUCCAACUUAUUAUGAUCCACAAAAACAUAACGAAUUUGUGAUUGGUCAAGAUAAUACGGGAAAUCGACAAUUCGUUGUUGGUAACAUACCUAAAGAUUAUCCAUCCUUUACCGACAAACAUUCUACUUUAUCGACGUCUAAUAAAAAAGAUCCCAACGUUUUCCACGAAUCAACGGAAAGUGACUUGACGCAAUUUGAGCGUGACAUAGCUCAAGGUCUCAACUUUCCACCAAAUUCGGUGAACGGACAGGGCUAUCAAUCGGAAACGCAAACUUUACGACCCGAGGAUGGUUACGAGGAGAUCGAGAUCACACCUACUGCUGUGGCCGUUGAACAUGGACCUAGAUCUUUAAAGAUAAAACGUUCGAUCCUUAAUAAAGUGAAUGUUAUUAAUCGUUCUUCCAGAUCGAAAAGGGAUUCUGUCAUUCAAAUAAUCCCGUCAAGACAUGAACUAGAAAAAGAACAAAAAGAAGAGGACUUUAGCAAUGAAAUUUUAGAUAUUAUCGACUCUACUAUAUCUGGCGGCGAAGAGAAAAAAAUAAAAGACAACGAGGUUGACGAUUUUGUUUCAUCUAAGAAAAAACUUCGCGAGGAAUCUCAUAAGUAUCAUAAAGAAAUAGAUUCGAGAAAUGAGAUCCAAAGUAACGAGACCGAAAACGACACUAAUUCGAACAAAAAUGUAUUCGACGACAAGAGGGAGAUCGUAGAAAAAAUAACGACUGGAAAACAAAUCGAUAAAAUGGAAGAAUAUUCGGGCAAUGGGUCUUUUGCAACUUCGACAUCUUCUUUGACGAGCGAUGUGUCUGAUGCAACCGAACGCGUGAAAGAUAUCGAAGAAACGACCGUCGAAUGGUUCGAAAAUACAACGACGAAAAAAUCGACCGAAGAAGAAGAAGCAGGAGGAGGAUUCAAUCUCUUCAAUUUUGUUAAAAAAGUAGCUGAAAUUAAGUUUAGAUUAGGCUUGACGAUCUUGAAACACGCAAGCGAAGGUUUCGCGAGAUACCUGGGACACGUGCAAAAAAGGAUCAAUGGCGAGGAAUAGGAUGUAACGUACGUAUAAUGUUAUCUUUCGAAAUUCACGAAUAGAAAGGAGAAUUGUAUGUGAUUGAAGAUGCGACCAAAUUGUAUCGUCUCUUCUUCUUAUAUAUCCGCUUCAGCGUGUAUGUUUUAUUUUAGGAUUACGUAGAACCAGUUUUACACGUUUGUCCCAAUAUCAGUCUUAUUUAAGCUGAUCGUAAAUAACUUAAUAACUUGAAUAACUUAAUGACGGCGAAACUAUCGCAAUUAUUUUUCAUAGUCAACUCGUCAAUCGAGCUUUAAGGAAUAUCUUUUAAUAUUGUUAUGACGAUCAAGAAAAUCUAACGAAUAUCAAAACGAUGUUCUCGUGAUUGAUAGUAGAUUUGGCUCAAUUCAGAUGUUGACGCUUAUCAUAUAUGUGAAACCAUCACAUGCUUGCAAGUGAAUGGGAUAAGGGGGAGAAGGAGGAGGAGAGAAAUAACGGGAUUUAGUCGUUCUUUUUAUCGGAAUUUUAUUGUUUUAAAGAGAAAAAAGAAAGAAAGAAAAGAAAAAAAAACAAGAAAAAAAGGGAGAAGUUACCGAGAAAACACGUUUGAAAAAGGUAGUGGGCAUUUUUUUUUAUAAGACUGUCACCCCAUGUUUACACACACGCAAACAAACACACGCGCACGCACACGUUGUUUUAUUGAAAAUUCACUUUAUGUUACAUUUCCAUGUACGUGUGUCUUUUCCCUCUCGGUACGAGGAUAUAUAAAAAUCUAGUAGAGUGUUUAUUACGUAUUUAUAAAUAAAUAAAUAAAUAAAUAAAUAAGUUAAAAUAAAUAUUGCUACGCAGUAUUCUGUGCCGUGUAAAUAAAAAUAAAAUGUUGAAAGAAAAAAGAAAAAAAAAAAUAUAUAUAUAUAUAUAUAUAUACCAAUGAGAGAGACUUUCAUUCGAUAUUCCUACAACAUUAAUGAAUAAACAUAUCGAAAUAAAUACGAUAAUAAAUAGCAAUAAAUUAUCCGAAACAAUAAUCAAACGAAUUAAUGUUUCAUUCUCUCUUAGCUACGUAAUCUUCGGAUUCUAUAGGUCGACAUUCAUCAAAGAAAAAUAUACUAAAGGGCUAUCGGUCAGUCGGUAAAUCGUAACUAAAUGGAAAGUAAAUAUUGAAUGUCCCCUGUAACAGUAACCCUAGUUCAGCAUAAUACCAUACUGUUAUACUCGUUAUCCAAUCUAUUAAGGAUGCAACAGGUGUGCUUUAACCGCGAUCGAUCCUACACCAUCCACAAUAUAUGUACGCAUUUUGUCUAUACGUUCUAGCUAACGCAUAAUCCAUCGAUAUCAAUGACUGUCUAUAUUCUUUGAUCGUAAAUGCAAAGUCCUCUUAUGUUAGACCGUUCAAUAGGGUGCGCGCGCGCACACACACAC